UGCCGUUCUCUGCUCCCCUGCCUAUAUCCUGGCCGUCAAGUGUUUGCCCCGCUUGAAAAUGGAACCAGAUCGAGAGAAACCGGACGAGGACAGCGUGGAUCCUCGUGGCGCGAAUCGUCUCCUUUUCUUCCACGUGAUUGCCUGUCUGGUGUCCGGAUUCCUAGUGGCGAUCUUAAACGCUACCUAUUUCGCUCUGUUGAGCGGUUUCCAUCAGAAGAGCCGCGACGGUAUGAUCGAGGCGAUGGAGAGGUACGGCAGAGACGUCGCGGCCAAGACGCGAGUGGAUGCUGUUCAAACAGAGUUCGAGUGCUGCGGGGACAAUGGUUACGAGGACUGGUUUCACGUACCGUGGCUGAAACUCUCGAUAGAAGGGCCCGAUUACACGGAAAAGGGUCCUCGACUGGAAGGGCAAGAAAUACCGGAGGACCAAGAGGAAGAAUCACCGACUCCUGCAGACGUGCCAUUUUCCUGUUGCUCCAACGACGUUCCGAAACCUUGCGUUCACCACGAUAUUUUAAACCACAAUGCCGCGUAUAAUUACAAUCCUAGCCACUUGACCAUCGCUACCGUUGGUUGUCGAUCGAGAAUCCUGAGUCGAGGAAAGAUCGUUCGAAUAUUCAUCGCGGGAUAUCUGACUCUUUUAUCCGUCUAUCAGAUAGUUCUGUCCCUCCUGUCUCGUUUGCUGCAAACUGCCCAUAGCAACGCAUUGUACAUAGGGCCUCGAAACGCUCAUUAUCACGUUUGGAUAUUCUUUAAACCGGACGGUAUCGUAACUAACGAACCUCCAACACGACCGAAAGAAUCCGAGCGACUGCUGCGACUGCGUAAACGACGAUCGACUAAAAAUUCACGCCCAUCGUCUUCUCUAUCGACUUCCGAGACCACCGACGAGGAAGCAGAAGAAGAAGAAGAAACAGAUGCUUCGAUUAAACGUCGUCGAACAUCGAAGAGCCUCGACAGAGGUUCGCGGCUGCGCACAAACAAGUUUCCAGGUUCGAAGCAGAACACGUAUCGAUUGGAAGACGAGUACGAAGCGGAACAGAAUGCGACGAGGUCCACGACGAUCGUUCUAAAGCCAGAUGGCGAUUCGAAUCCUCUUCUGUCGGAUAAUUCUUCGAUCGAGGACUUACCACCCCCGCCACCUCCUCCACCGUUUCUAGCGACCUUGGACGUGGAAGACGAGGGGCUGAGAAGAAAGGCUACCGCGGGCAACGACGAUUUCAAUGAGAGAAUAAUCGCGAACCGGAACUCUGGCAGGCGUAUAAAGGUGUUCGAGAAGUUUGGAAAGAUCUGGGAGCACAGGGAUCAUCGCGUGACGCAACACAGAGAGUGUGGAGGCGCUGACGAUGACUCGAGCAACGAGCGUGCAUCGAAUCGUUCGAGAAGACGAUCGAUAAACGCGACGGACGUCUACGAUAGAUUUCGCGGCACUCUUCAACACACUCUCGCCAGAAGAGAAACCGUCCAAGCUCGAAAGACGACCAACAGAAUCCACAACAUGAGAAUCUUCUCAAAUAUGGCGGCGGUGAAACGAAACAACGUUCUAACCAGACUGGGAUGCAGGAACGUUCCACCUUCUUACCGUUUGCUAGCCAACGUCGAGGAUCAGAGAUCGUACAGAGAGGAUCGACCAUCAUGGCCGCCCCCGCCUCCACCGAAUCCGUCAGCGUCUUUUCGACGACAAAGGCAAUGCAGUAUCUGUCGUGGUCCUGUUUAGAAAAAUUUAGCAAUUUAGUUUCUAUCUUGGAAUCGAUCUAGUCGAUUAUAUUCUGUAAAAUCUACUCGAAUAAAU